AUGAUCAAGAAAACUAUUCCAUAUUUAAUUAUAGCUAAUGAGUUCUGUGAAAGAUACAGCUUUUACGCUUUAAAAACAGUUUUAUUCAGUUUUCUAAGAAAUGAAUUAAAUUUGUCGAACAAAUUGGCAAUUUUCGUUGUGCAUUUUUUCGUGUCGAUGUGCUACAUGUUUACAUUAUUCGGUGGAUUAAUUUCUGAUAUAUUUUUAGGAAAGUACAAAACAAUACUAUAUCUAAGUAUAGUCUAUUUUUUAGGUACAUUAUUGGUUGCUUUUAGUUCAUAUACAAAUAAACUAACAUAUUUAAUUUAUCUUGGUUUGGGGUUAAUUUCAUUUGGAACAGGUGGUAUUAAGCCUUGUGUUGCAGCAUUUGGAGGAGAUCAAAUUGGUGACAAUGGAGAUCAUAAAAAACUAAAUAAGUUUUUUAGUUUUUUUUAUUUUGCUAUAAAUAUGGGAAGUAUGAUAUCCACAUUUUUUGUGCCAAUUAUGGCUGAUGCUUCAUGCUUUGGUAAAGAAACAUGUUAUCCACUAGCUUUUGGAAGUUCAAGUUUCUUGCUUUUUAUUUCUAUUGUACUAUUUUUUUUAGGAUCAAAACAUUACAUUAAAAAAAGACCUAAUAAACAAAAACUUAUAGAUAUGUGCGGAAAAUUAAAAAACCUAUUUAAUUCAAAUAAAAACAACACCAAAAGCCUAGAUGAAGACAGUAUAGCAAAAGAAAUUUUUGAAAAACAAUCAAAAAAAUUUUGUUACAAAAACCUAUUUAAGUUGUUUUUGCCAGUUGCUUUUUUUUGGAUGCUUUACGAUCAACAGUCAUCUACUUGGGUUGAGCAAGGAUUUAAAAUGAGUACAAAAGCAGCGUUUUUUAACUCAGAAUUCAAAAUUCUUUCAUCGCAAAUGCAAACAUGGAAUUCUAUAUUUAUUUUAUGUUUUAUACCAUUAUUUUCGCAGUGCCUAUACCCUUUUAUUGAAUCUUUAGGUUUUAAAUUAACGCCAAUUAAAAAAAUGGCAAGCGGGAUUUUUUUAGCAUCUGUAAGUUUCUUGGUUUCGGCGAUUUUAGAACAUGCAAUUUUUUUAUCUAGCGCUUCAAAUAGCAAAAUAUGUAUUUUAUGGCAAUUACCUCAAUAUAUUUUAUUAACUGCAGGUGAAAUUUUGUUAAAUAUGACAGGUUUAGAAUUCGCAUAUUCAGAAGCACCUGACACAAUUAAAACGUCAAUAUUGGCUGCAUGGUUACUAACAGUCACUUUCGGAAAUUUUCUCGUAAUAAUAUAUUCUGCGCUUAGUAUAACAUCAUUUCUAAGUGUAAUAGAAUCCGAAACAUUUAAUUUUUUUAUUUAUUCAUUUUUAGGACUUAUUGCGGCUUUAUAUUUGUUUAAGUAUGAGGCUACUUACAUAAAAAAUAAAUAA